AUGUCUAAACCGCUGAGGAUCGGCUACGUGCCAGGCAAGACCUCAGAGUUGUACUACAACCUGAAUGCCUCACUCGUGCCGUUCCCGUCUGGCACUGGUCAUAUGAUCCAGUCACUUAGAGCCGCGGAAAUUGACGUGGGCGUUGGCCUCACAGAGGGCUGGGUUGCUGGUCUUGCAAAGCCAGAGAAAGGUUAUAAGCUUGUUGGUACUUAUGUUGAGACCCCACUCUGCUGGGCAAUCAGUACAGGACCGAAGAGAAACAUAGAUGGAGUGCAGGGACUGAGAAAUGGCAAAAUCGGUGUCAGCCGAAUUGGAAGUGGAUCCUAUGUAAUGGGAUUUGUCCUGGCCGACCAGAACGGUUGGCUGAAGAGCCCAGGAGAGGCCCCUUUUGAUGUUGUGCCUCUCGAUACCUUUGCCAAACUUAGGGAGGGUGUGAAAGAUGGCGUGGCAGACUUCUUUAUGUGGGAGCACUUUACAUCUAAGCGCUAUUACGACAACGGCGAGAUCAAGAGGAUAGGAGAGAUAUACACGCCAUGGAGUAGCUGGAAGAUCGUUGCAAGAGAGUCCGAUGAUUCCAGGCUAGAUGAUAUGUUCAAAAGUAUCAACCAGGGUGUUGCUCAUUUCAACGACAACAAGGACGAAGCGGUUGAAUACAUCAGCACGGAGCUGGACUAUUCGAAGGAGGACGCGAUCGAAUGGUUGACAACAGUCAAAUUCGCGCAUGACACCCAGGGUGUUGAUGAGAAGGUUAUCGACAAGACAAUCGAUAUACUGGCCAAGGCUGGAGUUGUAGACCUGGCGUCCUGUAGCAGCAGCAGCGAGAUGAUAAGUCGCAAGCGGGCAUACUAA